GAUGUCGUCAUAAGAGUGUGCAUCUAAUGGCGGAAUUUCUUCCCCGUAUCGGUUCCGAUCAGCAUAUAGUUUUCCGGGUUUUGUCCGUACAGCUACCGUGUUGGCAACCGAUUUUCCGAUCAAGAUCUUGUCGCUAAGAUCCUGCCCAGCCAGAGGAAAUGGUUUCCGGUCGCGAGUGAGUCAAAACGGUCGCGAAAGUAAAAUCUAGUCUCUACCAACAAAGAAGGGUGAGCGCGAAUGCAGUGCAGGGAGACGACGAUGGAAGCGCAAAACAGCAAAAAGCGCCUCCCGGCAGCACCGUCCACGGAGGACGACCUGGAUGCUUCCGGGUCCAAGCGGCUCGAAAAAUCCCUUGCCAUGAUGACCGUGAACGUGGUGGAUCUUUUGAAGAAAGCCCCGAAAGGAAUCCUCAAUCUGGGCGAGGCCACCAAAAUCUUGGAAGUCCGUCAGAAACGGCGGAUCUACGAUGUGACCAACGUACUGGAGGGCAUCGGGCUGAUCGAAAAAUACGGCAAAAACAGCGUCAAGUGGCGCGGAGAUUCGCUAACGCCUGACCCGCGCGAUGUCACACGUAAAAUGCGUUUGCUGAAACAUGACCGGAGUUCGCUUCUCUCGUUCGAAGCCGUUAUAGAUGAACAGCUGAAGGUUAUCCGCCAGUGUACGGAUAUUACCCGUACCAAUGAAUCGACUAUAUCCUACGCAUAUGUCACGAGCGAAGAUAUAACAGAUGCGUUUGGAGCACAAACUACGAACAUUUUAGCUAGGAACUCUAGCACACAUACGCCGAUUGAUGAUGACCCCAAAACGCUUCGCAUUUCGUCAGCCAAAGGACUUCCUCUUGAUGUGAGAUUGCUCCGAGAGCCAAACGGUGCCUGUUUUAGCAGGCCAAUGAGGAGGGCCAAUGUUCGGCGUAAACACAAUAACCAUCAGUACAAGCGGCUUGAAGCCCGCAGGCGGGACGAAAAAAGUGCAAUCGAUGUCCAGCAUGAGCAGGACACAAAUUCGGACCGAAUAGCGCAUGCAGAUGAUGACGAACGAGAGCGUCUGGAACUGCAACUGGAUGCAGAAAUGCUUUUUGGAAAUGAUCUCACUAAAUUAAGCAGAUUUCACACUCAAAGUUUGGAUAGAGCAAACCAUGAGAACUAUAUCGAUUCACCUUUUAUUGCAUUGGACCCUCCCGAAAGCUGCAGUUAUACCUUCUGUUUAGCGCCCAAUGAAGGCAUACCGGAUCUGUUUGAUCUUGAUAGUCCGUCCGCAAGCGAUGCCCAGUAGCCUAGUCAGCCAAUAGAAACUCAGGUUUUGAUAGCGAAAGGCGCCGAGGAGAACCAAAACCCGUUCGAGAUGAUGAAAAUCCAUUAGAUAUAAAUUAAUUUCUGUUUAGCUGUAAUUGUUGUAGCUAUUGUGAGAGUCAAGCCUUUCUUCCAUCGUGAAAAUUCCGUGUUUAGAAUUUAGUUAAUUUAUGUAUUAAACGACGUCCAUAAAUUACGAUGUUUAAUCAAAAAUGAGUGGGAAUAUAUUUUAAAUUAAAGUAAAAGUUUGAACAUUUUAAUCUCUGCAAUACGUAAUGAAUGGAUGUCGCCUCAAAUUAUUGUAGAUUUUUGUAUCGACUUUGACUAACAGACAAAAGAACCAUCACAACAUGAUUCAGUUUCCAUUUUCCAACAAUUCAUGGCGCACGUUUAUAGUAGAAAUCUAAUAAAAUGUACAAUUAUUGUUGCAAUAGCUCUUUUUUGUAGUGAACACCAAGUGAUGACUAUCCUAUAGCUAGACAAUAAUUUCGUUUAAAGGCUUUUCAAUGUUCUAAAUUAGGACAAAAUUUGAAUCCCUGUUAAACUUACAAGAAUUAUCAAUAAAGUCGUUUCUUUCUCAUGGCAUCACCGAAA